AUGACUGAUACGGUUCCAGAGUCUCCCAUCGGAAGUGGCCCUUCAAGCCUAACUUCGCUAUUGGAGAACGCUGCGGCAUCCAACAACGUGGAUGAAAUCGAGAAGUUACUGAAGAGGGUGUCAGAAGGCACGGAAUUUCGCCAAUGUCUAGAGGCUGGCCUAGCUAGCAGUGCCCGCCAUGGCCAUAUAGAAGCGAUAAAAUGCAUCCUUGAUGAAGGCAAAGAUGUGAUGACCCCAGAUGAUUUGGUGUUUCCACUUUUACUCUCUGUGGCCGGCGGCUUUGGCGAGAUUGUCCAACUAUUGCUGGAUUCCGGAGCACCCGUGGACGGCACCGUACGGGGUAGAAGAGAACUGAAUAACUCGACCGCAGUCAGUCUGGCUGCUCGGCGAAACAAUGCUCAAGUGCUCGAGAUACUUCUGGCCCAUGGUGCAGACAUUAAUGCCAAGGAUUCGGCCCAAAGAAUCCUGCUGCAUACUCUUGCAGAUGAAGACAAUUGGGACGAUAACGACGCCAGGGUGUUAGACCUCAUCUUUCAGUAUACUCACGAUGUUCAUAGCAUGGACAAAUAUGGCAUUACGCCACUGCACACGGCUUGCUACGGCGGCAAGCUUGACCUCGUGCGGAGACUUCUAAAACGGCAUCAAGACCUUGAAUCAUCGCCCGCUGCGCUCGGAUUUGUCCGCCGUGGAGCGCUCGAAGUUGCAAUCAAAAGGUGUUGGUCGGAGAUUGUCGAGGUGCUUUUGACCAUGGGCGCAGAUCCCAAUGCGACGCUAGAAUCCGGGUCUCUGUUGCUGCUGCAUAGUGCUUGUAGACAUAGCACUGAAGAUAUCGUGAGCCUUCUGUUAAAGAACGGUGCGAAUAUCAACCACAGGGCACGGGGGGUCACUCCUCUGGUUCUAGCGAUUCAGUCAGGCAGAACCAGCGUGGUCAGAGUUUUGUUGGAGCGAGAAGAACUGGAAUUACGCGAUAGCUUCGGAGACCACGCCUUCUUUGAGGCAGCAGCGCACAGAGAUAUAAUGAAGGUGUUGCUACCAUCUCCCAGGGCCGGAUCGCGCGCCAUUGAUGACAUAUCCUUCAACAAUAAGUUCCUUGCCAGCAUUGUCAGUUUUGAUGAAAAUUCGAUUGGCCACCUGAGACUACCCAUUUCGCAAAUCCUUAGCAUCGGACUCGGGACUGAAUGGAUUCUUGAGAAUAAAAAAGCUGAUGCGCCUCGCUGGAUUCAUAUCCCCGCCAACAACCCUACAUGGGUUGAAACUCUCCUGAUGAAAUGGACAUUGCUCAUGGAAGGAGAUGCUGCCGCAGACGACACAAGGAGAUUAUGCAAUUUAAUCAGGCAUCCCCAUCGGGGCCAAUACCCACACUCCCAAUUUCACCGGCCUGGGUGUCAAGUGAUAGGGAAUCAGAUGUGGGCAUGCAUGCCAUAUUUGCACUUCGAAACGACCGAAGGUUAUCAAAAAAUGCGAAAUGCGAUCCGGAGAGCAGAGACGACUUCUUUCCCUUCGGAGCCUUACCGCAGUAGCUAUGAUGAGCUUCUGAUCGAGGCGUAUCCUGCCUUGUCUCCAGGAGGCCUGCAUAUCCGGCGGACUUUGGAUCAGUUCUUCUACCCAAAUCUGGACACAGAGUACCGAGAUGAGGAUCAGGUUGUUUAUCGUUACCAAGUUCGAACACAGUGUCCAGUGCCCAAAAUAUAUAUGGUCGAUCAACUGUGGAUGAUAAUCCUUAAGGGGGGCCUUGUCAUCACCACCUUCCCGCAGCGAUUGGAGCAACCCGAGAACGACCGCUUCGACGUUUUUGAUCGCAUCAUGAAGCAUUUAAAGCAAAAGCGCAUCCGUAAGUUAGACGAUUUGGUAACAGCUAUUGUUGACCAGUGUUGUGGAGCAUUCGAUAGGCAUGCACCAUCCAACGAUGAGGAAUACCAGUUCUUCGCCAUGUUUGAAGCAUCCAUCGGAAGGGUGGCCAUGACCGAGCGGAAGCUUUUUGAUCAGCUCAGAAAAGCAUCCAAAAAGGCAUCAUUGUGGUUGCAGACUCAUCGAGAAAACAUGCAAUCUUUCGGGUUGGCACACCAUAGUAAGAGGGGUAAAGACCACGAUGCCCAGAAAGACAACAGUCCAGGAUUUGUGGACGAUUUCCUGGAUUAUUCUCCUGAAACAAGCCUUCUUUUCGAGGUACAAGAUAUUCGCGAUGAGAUAGACAUGAUUCGCGCUGUGCUAAAUCACCAGCGCCGGCUGCUGCCUAAUCUCGGAGCAGGAAUUCUUGAGCUUUAUAACAAAGAAGUCAUUGUGCGUGAUAGAGAGACGUCUAACAAACAGGUCACUUUUCCUGAGCAAGACCGAGUCGUCAACAUGUAUCUCGAGGAUCUGGAUCGGAUGGACCGACAGGCAGCACAUCUUUACGAAUCCAUCUCCAGCUUGUUAGACCUCAAGCAGAAACACGCGAACCCCUUUGAGGCCCGGCUGGCGCGCGAACAAGCUGCUGACACAGCCCGUCAGGGCAAGACCAUCAUGAUCUUUACCAUCGUGACCAUCGUCUUUCUCCCGUUGUCGUUCAUCACUUCCUUCUUCACAAUCAACAUAGCUGAGUUCCCUCAAACGGCAGGGUCGGAUAGUCUGUCCUUAUCGUUUGUCUCCAAGUACAUCUUUGGCGUCGGCUUAGCCAUUGCGAUUCCACUAAUCCUGCUUGCUUUCGCGGCGCAGGACUUCAAGCUUGGAUUUCAGACACUGCAGAACCUCCUACGGGGACAAGGAGUGACCAAACCGUCACCUACGACCAGCGAUGAUAAAGUCAAUGCGUUGAGCACACCAUCUGACCAUGUACGCCGCUCUAUCUUUUCCAGAGUGCGGCGGAGAGAACCUCACAGUCGGACGCCUCGGACACAGGAGGGGGAUGUUGAAAGAGGACCAGCGAUGUAUAUUGUUGGUUCCUGA